UGCUGAUUGGUGGCCUCCGCUUACUUCCGGUGAUAACUGGAAAAUAAUCAGACGUCAAUAAAAACUGUAAAUUAAAGUUGACCAAAAGAGGGACGAACAAACUGAAAGAACAAACAGAAUGAUAUUUUGGAUUACCAUCUCAAUAGCAAUUACAUCAAUUUGGGCGUACGGACCAUGCCCAAACCCUCCACGAUGUGCACCGGGCUGUUUUAAACUUGACGAAAGGGGAUGUCUUCUCUGCGCUUGCGGUGUAUUAAAUUUCCACCCUGGAGGAUACCACGGAAUGCCACAAGUUCAUAUGGGUGGUGGAGGAUUUGUACCUGGACAAAUGCCAGGAGGUGGCAUGUUUGGAGGACAUAAGGCACAGACACAGUCACAGGCCAAACCAUUAAGUCAAUGCCCAGGAACGAAGUUAUGCAUGCAGACUUGUAACGGAAAGUAUUCCCUUGGUAAUAAUGACAGAAAUGGAUGUAAAAUAUGCACCUGUCACACAACACACGUGUCCACACAACACACUAGUAACACUGUAUAUGUCGCACAGCAACAAUCAAAACCACAACCUCAACCACAUAAGACAUACACGUACGUUGUACAACAAGUACAACAUAAAGAAGCAUCCUGUACUGGAACAAAACUAUGUAUGAUGACUUGCAAGUCUAGAUAUGUUCUCGGGGCUAAAGGUCGAGAUGGAUGCAACACCUGCACGUGCAUCCCAGAACCAACACCAGCACCAACAAAAGCUCCCGCCACAAUGAGCUGUAUGUCUACUGUUAUGUGUAUGUUAACAUGUAAGAAUGGUUAUCAACUUGGAGCUACUAAGACUGAUGGCUGUCAGGAAUGCGCAUGUGUUGUUCCACAAGUAGUAAAGAUGGAAGUGACCUGUGCUAGUAAACUGACGUGUUCAUCAGGAUGUAACGUAGGUUACAAGUGUGGAACUGAUGGAUGUCCAACAUGUGGCUGUAUUAAACCUCAAGUUGUUGGACUCAAGGUUGUCGAAGUAGUUCAGAAACAAGUCACGUGCAUGUCUUCCUUCUCCUGUCCCAGUAAAUGUUCCCUAGGUUACAAAUGUGGUACCGAUGGAUGUCCCACGUGCGAAUGUUUGGUAGCAGUACACACAGAAUGCAAUGACUGUAGUAAUGUCAAUAGUGGUAGCAAUCACGUGUAUAUCACUCAGACAACCAAUCAGUGUCAUGAUUGUGACAAUACACAUACAUCAACAACCAAUCAAAUCGCAACUCAGAAUACCGGUUCAUGUACUGAUUGCGGUACUGGUACAGGAAGUGCUAACAUAGCACAAAAUAGUGGCAUGAAACCAGGUCAAAGUGGUUCAGGAGGAUUUCAGUCACCUUUUACACCAGGCAGUGGUGGAAUGGGUAAUGGUCAAGGUGUCAUGACAAACAAUGGACAGAAUGGCGGAACGAACACCGGACAAUCCCUAUUUAAUACAAACGGAGGUGGUAUUACAAACGCAGGUGGGGGCAUGACUAAUACAGGGACUGGAUAUAGCCAUAGUCAAGGACAACAUGGAAGUAAUUCGAUGGGAACUGGCGGAGGAAAUACGGCUCAAGGUAAUUUGCAACAAUCCAAUACUGGUAGUGGUCUCUCACAGAGUGGUCUUGGAACAGGAACCGUAUCCCAGUCCUUAGAAAAUACCAUGGGAAAUCAAGGACCUUCGGCCGGCAUAAAUACUACUGGUACAGGGCCAUUUGUUGCUUCUGGAUAUGGAUUCUUUGGAAAUGAGGGGUUUAAACAGAGUCCGUAUUCACAAGCAAGUGGAGGUAAUACUGAGAAAGGUCCUUUUGCCCAAGCAGGGGGUAUUUCUGGAAAGAACCCAUUUGCACAGGCUGGAGGAAAUACAAACGGACAAAUAGGUUCAAAUUCUGGUGGUGCUCAAGGUCCGUUUAGUUCUAUGCAAAACGGACAAGGAUCAGUAGCACACAGUGGUCAAGGUACAUCAACUGGAGGGAACCAAGGUCCUUUCAGUUCAGGGCAAAAUGGCCAAGGUUCUUCGAGUGGUGGUAAUCAGGGACCAUUUAGUUCAAUGCAGAACGGAAAAGAUCCGACUACAGAUGGUGGACAGGGUCCUUUUAGUUCAACUCAAAAUGGACAAGGUCCAUCAACCGGAGGGAACCAGGGUCCUUUCAGUUCGGGGCUAAAUGGCCAAGGUCCUUCGAGUGGUGGUAAUCAGGGACCAUUUAAUUCAAUGCAUAACGAAAAAGGUCCGACUUCAGGUGGUGGACAGGGUCCUUUUAGUUCAACUCAAAAUGGACAAGGUUCUUCGAGUGGUGGUAAUAAGGGACCAUUUAAUUCAAUGCAUAACGGAAAAGGUCCGACUACAGGUAAUGGACAGGGUCCUUUUAGUUCAACUCAAAAUGGACAAGGUUCUUCGAGUGGUGGUAAUAAGGGACCAUUUAGUUCAACGCAGAGCGGAAAAGGUCCAACUACAGGUGGGGGACAAGGUCCUUUCAGUUCGGGGCAAAAUGGACAAGGUUCUUCGACUGGUGGUAAUCAAGGACCAUUUAGUUCAAUGCAGAACGGAAAAGGUCCGACUUCAGGUGGGGGACAAGGUCCUAUAAAUUCAAUGCAAGGCGGGUCAAAUGGGCUUGCUGGAUUACAAGGAAAUGGCAAUGUUGAUGUGUCCCAUAUUAUUAAAAAUUGUCCAGAGACUAUGCACUGCAUGGGUCAAUGUCCAAUGGGAUAUCAACUUGCAGAAGCCGAUAAAAAUGGUUGUCCUAAUUGUUCCUGUCUAACUGGAAAUGGAGAAACAAUGCAAGGUCUACCUCAUCAAAAUCAGAUCAACGGUCAAGGUCAACUUGGCAAAGGUUCUGGUCCCUUUACAUCAGGAGGACAACAAACAACAGGAAGUCAACAGACCAGUGGUACUCAAACGACUGGAGCGCAGCAAACAACCGGAGGAAAACAAAUAACCGGAGGACAGCAAAUAACCGGAUCACAACAAACAAGUACUGAUAAUAAUAAUGCACAGCAAUCUAUUGUUUUGUCUUGCCCGACAACCUUUAACUGUCCUUAUGAAUGUUCGAUUGGUUACAUUCCUGGACCUGAUGGUUGUCCAUCAUGCGAAUGUGCUGGAGGUUAUAUAACCACGUCACCUGCGGACUGCAUGGGGACAUUUGCCUGCUCCGACAUCUGUAAAUCAGCGUACAUGCGUGGAUCUGAUGGAUGUCCCAAAUGUGACUGUAUAAAAAAACAAAAACCAGUGAUUGUAACAGAGCCUUUAAAACAACCAUCAAAAACUGAGACAGUCACCUUAUUGAAACAGUGCCCUGCAACAUUCAAUUGUAUGACGUCAUGUAAGGAAGGUUACACACUGGGUAGUGCUGGUCGGGAUGGAUGUCCUGCUUGUACCUGUGCUACAGUACAAAAACAAACAUGCAAUGAUUGCCACACAUCACGAAGUUGUGAUGCUACAAUAUCCUGUAUGGCAACCUGCGAGCACGGAUAUAUCCUCGGUGAUAAAGAUAACAAUGGCUGCCCGUCAUGUCAAUGUCAGGCAUGUAGUACGUGUGAAGAAACAAAAGCACAAGUUGUCCUUGUUCAACAACAAAAAGAGACAUGUAAUAAUUGUGAACAGGUUCAAGUAGUACAGAAGGUUAAGGAAGAAUGCCACGAAUGUGGAACCUCAGGUGGCACAAGUCUAAUGACAGGAGGUACAUCUGGUGGCGGAAGUGGUGGAGGAAUGACAGGAGGUGGAAGUGGCAGUGGAAUGAUGGGAGGCGGAGGUGGAGGAGGAGGAGGUGCCAUGGGAGGAGGAAUGUCAUCAGGAGGUGGGGGUAGUGCAGGAAUGACUGGAGGUAGCGAAUGUCAUCCACUGCCACCAGAUUGUCAUCCAUCAUGUAUAAAGUAUGAUGUGGCUCAUUGCCGGAUCUGUGAAUGUACAAGUAAUCCAGGGCAUGGAAUAUCAUACCGAAGAUAAGACUUUGUAUCAGACAAUACAGUUUACAAUAAUAACGUUUAGACAUUACUUUCACCAUUAAAAUUAUACAUAACUAAUAAAGUGGUGUUCUCAUAAA